AUGGCCGCUAAAAGUGUACUUUCAAUUAAAGGAGAUCAAAUUGGACCGUGGAAGUUAGGCGAAACUUUGGGUUUAGGUUCAACCGGUAAAGUUCAUCUGGCUUACAACAAGAGUAACAACCAGCAUGCCGCAAUUAAGAUCAUCUCAAAGGCCGUUUUCAACAAUCAUAACCCUACAUCUUCCGCAGUGAUAGAUGACGCUGCAUCUUCGUCGGCCACCAUGCAGCAUACACCUGACGCGUUGCCUUACGGCAUCGAAAGAGAGAUUAUUAUUAUGAAAUUACUUAAUCAUCCAAACGUCCUGAGACUUUAUGACGUUUGGGAGACAAACCCAAACCUGUAUAUGGUAUUGGAGUACGCAGAAAAGGGCGAAUUGUUCAAUUUAUUGGUGGAACGUGGCCCAUUACCUGAAAAUGAAGCAAUCACAUUUUUCAGACAAAUUAUUAUUGGGAUAUCGUAUUGUCACGCCCUGGGGAUUGUUCAUAGAGAUUUAAAACCAGAAAAUUUGUUGUUAGAUCAUAAAUAUAAUAUUAAAAUCGCAGAUUUUGGAAUGGCCGCUUUGGAGACAGAAGAUAAACUGUUAGAGACAUCUUGUGGUUCACCUCAUUAUGCCGCUCCAGAGAUCGUUUCAGGGAUUCCUUAUCACGGUUUCGCAAGCGAUAUUUGGUCCUGUGGGGUUAUUCUCUUCGCGUUACUUACUGGGAGGCUACCAUUCGAUGAAGAUGAUGGAAACAUUAGAAAUUUAUUAUUAAAAGUUCAAUCUGGUCAAUUUGAAAUGCCGGGUGAAGAUGAAUGUUCAAAAGAAGCACAGGACCUUCUAGCAAAGAUCCUUGUGGUAGAUCCAACAAAGAGAAUUAAGGCUAGAGAUAUAUUGAAACACCCACUUUUACAAAAAUAUCCAAGUAUCAAGGAUUCAAAAAGUAUUAGAAAUUUACCACGUGAAGAUACAUAUUUGAAUCCAUUAGUUGAUAAUAGUGGGAACACUAUAAUAGAUCAAUCAAUUUUACAAAAUCUUGUCGUGUUGUGGCAUGGAAGAGAUUCUCAAGAGAUUAGUAAAAAAUUGAGAGAAAAUGGUGCUAAUGCAGAAAAGACACUUUAUGCUUUAUUGAGCCGUUUUAAAAGAGAUACUGAACAAGAAAAUAUUAAAAAUGAGCAUCUAAGGAAAAGACAAUCGAUUACUAAUAAUCAUAGUCCCAAGAAAAUAUUAACUACUGGUACUGUUGUAACUGGGAAUACCGUCACACCAAAUAAGAAAAAUAGAAUUUCAAUGAUUAGCGUAGCUUCUUCCCAUAAGAGGCCAGUAUCAUAUAAUAGACUAUCGUCAGUGGUACAUAAUACGCCAACAGGUUCUAUACAUACAACACCGAAGGGGAACUCUGCGAAUAGACUCUCCAUGAAUAAAAGAAUAUCUGUACUUUCGACUUCUAAUCAUAACAUAGCAGGGGCAAUGGACUUAUCUCCAACACCGGCCUCUCGUAAUAAGAGAACAUCGAUUAUAGCCGAUUCCCUUCAUCCAGUAGCCAAUAAUAAUAACAAUAGAUUAUCCAGACGUUUAUCUAGAUCUAAUAAGAGACUUUCGUUUAAACCAAACAUGAAACGUGGGUCUAUAACGACGAAAUUGAUCUCAACGUAUGCCAAAUUAGCAGAAGAUGAUGAUUGGGAAUAUAUAGAAAAGGAGACUAAGAGAACAAGUUCUGAUUUUGCCACUUUAAUUGAUGAAAUUUUUGAACAUGAAAAAUAUGAACAAAUUAGAAAAGAAAAAGCAGAAUUAGCAAGAAAAGUCGCAGAGGCAAAGAAACUUGAAGAAUUAGAAAGAAAACGUCAACAAGAAGAGGAAAUGAGAAGAAUUAAAGAAGUUGAAAAAUUAGAACAAGAACGAUUGACUCAACAACAAUCAAUGGAUCAAGAAAUUGAAUUAUUGAAGAAGGAUUUAACAGACCUAAAGGCAGGUGUUGAAGGACAAAGUGAUCCUGAAUUUAGAUCUGUUUCUGCACCAAUGACAACAGAUAGAGGUGCAGAAAUCAAGAAUGAAUCUGUUCUCCGCCAACGUAAUUACUCUUUACAAACAAGACCUAAAUCUAGAUUGGAUCCUGGUCUAUUCUUUAACAAGGUUGAUGAAGAUACCAUAACUGAAGAAGUUGAAGAAAAAGUGUCACAAACGGAACAAAAUUUUGUAAAAUCUGAGAAAAAGAGAAUGCAAACAGAAAAGGUUAUUCUUGAAACUAUUAGAAGAUCGAGAUUUUUGGGAUCAUCAUUUGAUAUUCAUAACGAGUUGAAAACAUCUCAGGAACAAGCUGAAAGAAUGGCUAGUAUGUCUUCUCAAAAACAAUACCCAUUACCUUCUAACGCAGUAGCAACUGCACCAUUGAAGGUUCAUACUGAAAAUUCAAAUGCAGAGGCAACUAAGAUAUCCGAAAUUAAUGUUCCUCAAUUUACUAGAAAAUCAAGAGCAUUCAGUGAUUCUAACAGACGUCUAUCUGUAUUAUCAAUGUAUUCUACAAGACAAUCAUUUUCAAAUUUGGUUGAUAUCUUAAAAAAUACAGAGACUCCUGGAGAACCUUUACAUGCAGAUACACCACCACCAAGUGCAGGUGAUUCUGAUGCCCUUUUCGAAGCCGUUAAUGAAGAUGCUGAAAAUACGGGUAAUAGUUCAACUGAAGAAAGAGGUUAUGAAGCAAAGAAUAAUGUUUUACCAGAGCCAAAACAAUCUUUAAAAAUGAGUUACGCUGAUAGAUAUGCCAAUAAUGUGGACCUUGUAGAUGAAGAAAUUCCAAAAAACGAAUUACCAAAAUUGCCUUCGUUAAGUAACAAGGCAAAUGGAUUAGGUAUUUAUCAAGCUCCAGCAAUCGUUGAACCUCACGAUGUCUCUGGAAAAACCCCUGAUUCAUCUAAUACAUGUGUAUUAGAUGAAAAAGUUCCAACAAAGAAUACUAAUCAAUUCAAAUCAAUGAUUGUUGAAGACAAGUCCGUUGAAGUUGUAAAUACUGAACCAGAAAAUGUUGAAGAAGAGACUGUAAGAAAAGCUCCCCAACGACCACAAAAGCAAGAACUUUCUAUCCCUAAACAAAGAGAAGAAAAUAAUGAUGAGAAGAGGAAAAAGUCUUCUUCAAGUAUGUCCUUCUUCAGGAAAUUUUCAAACAGUAAUGAAGAGUAUGUGCAAAUCCUAUAUGCCACUGUAUCCCAAAAACAGAUGUUUGACGGUUUGCAACAUCUAUUACGUGGUUGGACAAAAUAUGGUUUAAAAGGUGUGAAAACAAAUCCCCGUAACUCUUCUAUUAGCGGUAAAUUGGCGAAUGAUAAUAUUCUUUCUCUACGUUCGACAGUUUUCGAAAUUGCUGUAACACAACGUGGUAAGGACAGUUGCAUAACGAUUGCUAAGAAGUCAGGUUCUACUAAGGCAGUUAAAAGGUUGUCAUCUGAAAUUGAAAAGGUAUUAAAGAAAGAAAACGUCUUGCACGCAGAUUAA